GGGGGGGGGGGGACAAUGAGCGCAUCGAGAUUCGUAAAGUGUGUGACGGUUGGUGAUGGAGCUGUCGGAAAAACAUGUUUGCUGAUUUCUUACACAAGCAACACUUUCCCUACGGUUAUCUCCAAUGCUCAUAUUCGUUUGUAUUUAAAUACAUUUUUUUUAUUGUAUAAUAACAUCUCAUCAUCACGUACGUUCUUGGUUUCUCUAAUUAUACAGGAUUAUGUGCCAACCGUUUUCGAUAAUUUCAGUGCAAAUGUUGUGGUUAAUGGAGCCACCGUUAAUCUUGGAUUGUGGGAUACUGCAGGGCAAGAGGAUUACAACAGAUUAAGACCACUAAGCUACCGUGGAGCAGAUGUUUUCAUAUUGGCCUUCUCUCUUAUCAGUAAAGCCAGUUAUGAAAACGUCUCCAAAAAGUGGAUCCCGGAGUUGAAACAUUACGCGCCUGGUGUCCCAAUCAUCCUUGUUGGAUCAAAGCUUGAUCUUCGAGAUGAUAAGCAAUUCUUCGUCGACCAUCCUGGCGCUGUCCCGAUUACAACUGCUCAGGGAGAGGAGCUGAGGAAGCUAAUAGAUGCACCUACUUACAUCGAAUGCAGUUCCAAAUCUCAAGAGAAUGUGAAAGCUGUCUUUGAUGCAGCCAUACGAGUGGUGUUGCAACCGCCUAAGCAGAAGAAGAAAAAGAGCAAAGCGCAAAAGGCGUGCUCCAUCCUAUGAUGAUUAAUGUUGGAAAGCUCUUGUUUUUAUAUAUUUGUUGGUUUUGGUAUAUUAAAGAUCUUCUAACAAUGCAUCAAUGUGUUAAUGGACAGAGACACCCAUGUUUGGUUUUGGUCUUUUUUAUAUAUUAAUGGAGUUUGUUCAAA